UUCAAGCAUGUCAUCCAGGUCAAGCCUGUUUCAGAAGAAACAAUUAUAGCAAAAGCCCUAAGGUAGGAGUGUGGCUGCCAGAGCUCGCACAUGGUGAGGAUGUCCAGAUCAUUAUUCCUCGACUGGUCCUGGAGACCCCUCUGCAGCCCCUCCCAAUCUCUCCCACUGACCUAUGGACCAGAAGACUGGAUUUUGCAAUGGAAGGGAAAUUGCAGACAGCAGACAGCUCUGCCCUAUCCCUUUGGCUUUCCUCAGGCACCUCUGAGAGGGAGACAGCCUCUCAGCCAAGUACCCAACAAGGGACAUGAGAAGGCUUCUGCUGUGCAACUGCCGGAGAAACAGGGGACAGAUCAAAGCAGGAGAGGACCAACAUCUGCGGUAACCAAAGCAAGGACAAGUUACCCCGAGUCAGAAAUCUUCAUUGUGUAUCUGUGCAGUUACUUUUGGAACUCAAGUGAAGGACUUUACAUGUCAGGUUCCACCUGAAUUCCUUCCAUGCUUUUCAGUGACUGAACCGUUUGGGUGGCCUGGAAGAGCCUGUGAGCUCCCUAGAUAAAGGAGACAGUGUGGAUGGAGAAGAAUCUGGAGUAGAGACAAGUCUGGGGACCCUGCCUUUCAAGUCUUUUGUGUGAGGGCUGCGUUGGUGGCCCAACUAGCCAGGGAAAGGCUAUGGUAUGCGGGGUCAGGCGGGAAUAGGCAGGAAAUGUUUGUGAUAAGAGGCUUUGCCUCUUGCAAGCUCCUCUGGUUUCCAGACCCAGCUGCAGGAUAAGGGCCCAGGAGCUGAGCAGGGAGCCUCAGAGGAGGCUGCUGCAAGAGCCAGCCCUUGGGAUUUCAGCAGGCAGAGUUGCAAUCAGAGGCCCCUGGGGGCCCUGAAGACCGUGCCUGGGGAUAGAAAGGACCCUGGGAACCUAGCCAGGGCUGCCUUCCUUUGGGAUCAGGAAUUUCAAUCAUACUUCAGAGGGCCAAAUCAAUCCCUUAAGAAAAGUAAAACAAAACAAACCCCA